AUGGAUGCGGUACGGAUUCCUGAGAUAAAUUCCAGUUCAGUUCCAGCCAGACGACAUGUGCCAGACCUGCGAGCAGGCAGGCGCGGCGCGGGUGCACGGACGGUGCAGGUGCACAGUGACUACUCUGCAACACCGCCGAUGGCCGCUCCGGGCAGCUGGGCGACGGCCACCGGUCUUGUCCUCACGUUGAUCGCUGUCAGCGCGGGCGUCAGCUCCGCCGGCGGCUUCGCCUUGCUUCUCAGCUUCACCGGGGUGCUCGCCGGCGCCAGCCUCAUCUUCGUCGGCGUCCGCGUCGCCGACGACCCGACGGCGCCCGCAGGCCUCCCCGGGGUGGGUGUACGCUGCCUGCGCCGCAACCUCGCUCUCGCGGGCCACCUCUUGGCGUCCUCUGCUGCCAGUGCGACGGUGGUGGCGGCGGCGGCGGACAGGGAGACGGCCCCGGUGCUCUGCUUCUGCGCGUUUGCUCUGCUGCUAAUCGGGCUCUCGCUCCUCAACAUCGGAGUUCUUCUUCUUGGGGAUAAGGAAGCCGAAGAACACUAG